AUGCCUUGGCGUCAAUUAUUAAGGAAUUUAACAAAUAAUGAAGAAUUAAUUCGUCGUCUAUCAGAAUCUUAUCCAAUACGACGAGCAGCACAAUUAACAGCUUAUUUUUAUAGUGCUAGCAAAGAUAAAUUUAUUGAACAACGAGGUAAAUAUGAACGGGCUGGCGGAUGGGAUAAAACAAAAAAAGAUGUAAAAGAUGAUUUUCAAGGAGUUCAGAGUAUAGGAAAAGAGUAUAUAUCAACUCUAUUUCGACCUUACACAGAUACAUGGGCAAAUUACAAAGAAUUACGGCGACAACAAGAAAAAAGUCGAACAUCAACAACACCACCACCAUCAUCAUCCACAAAAACAACACCAAAAACAACAAUAAUUAAUAAGAAAAAGUCUUCCUCUUAA